CCAAACCCCAAGUGCGAAAUCGGAAAUUCUCAGCCACAGCCACAGGCCACCAACACGAAAGCAAAAUCAGAGCAACCCUCCCAUGGCGACGGCGAGAAUGGUGGUUCUGAUCCCCGGCCAGAGCAUUAGCCACCUCACCCCCAUGAUGGAGUUCGCCGAGGUCUGCCUCCGUCGCGGCCUCGCCGUCACCGUCGUCGUCCCGGACCCAACCCUCACCGCCCCGGCCUUCCGCUCCGCCAUCUGCCGGUACGCCUCCCGGCUCCCGUCUCUCGCCGUCCACUCCCUACCUCCCCCUCCCCCUCCCGCCCACCCCCACUCCCUCGGCGCCGUCCACCCCUUCAUCCGCAUGCAGGCCGCCUUCCGCUCCCAGGCACCCGGCCUGCGAGACUUCCUCCGCAGCCUUCCCGCCGUCCACGCGCUCGUCGCCGACAUGUUCGCCGUCGACGCCCUCGACGUCGCCGCGGAGCUGGGCGUCCCGGGGCACCUCUUCUACUGCACGGGCGCCAACAACCUCGCCGUCUUCCUCCAGUUGCCUUCAUUUUGCUCCGGGAGCGCCGGGGACUUGAAAGAUCUCGGCGACGCGCCAGUGUCGUUCCCCGGCGUGCGCACGAUGCCGGCGUCCCACCUGGUUGACGGGGUGCUCGACAGCGGGACCGAACUAUACGCGGCCGUGCUGGACGUGUUCGGUCGGAUGUCUGCGGCGCGUGGCAUUUUGGUGAACACCUUCGAGGCGCUGGAGGGCUCGGUGAUGGCUGCGAUUAGAGAAAGCCGCUGCCUCCCUGAGCACGCCAAUCCGUCGGUCUACUGCGUCGGGCCGUUGAUCGCGGACGGGGAGAUGGGGGAGGAAAGGCAUCCAUGUCUCCCGUGGCUUGACGCUCAGCCAGAGCGCAGUGUCGUGUUCAUCUGCUUCGGCAGCCGGUGCACCGUGUCGCUGGAGCAGAUCAGUGAGAUGGCCAAGGGGCUCGAGAAGUCCGGGCACAGGUUCCUCUGGGUGCUGCGCACGCCUCCUGCCUUCGCUGCAGCCGCCGGCGAACCAGACGCGGCGCUUUCUCUCCUCCCAGAGGGGUUCUUGGAACGGACUGCAGACAGGGGCCUCGUGGUGACCGCGUCCUGGGUGCCGCAGGUGGGCGUGCUGCGUCACGCCUCCACUGGUGCCUUCGUGACGCACUGCGGAUGGAACUCAACGCUGGAGGCGGUGGUGACCGGCAUGCCUAUGGUGUGCUGGCCGCUCGAAGCCGAGCAGUGGAUGAACAAGGUGUACAUUGUCGAGGAGAUGAAGGUUGGCAUCGAGGUUAGAGGAUAUAAACCUGGGGAGCUUGUCACCGCGGACAAUGUGGAUGCGACUGUUAGGUUGAUCAUGGACAUGGAGUCGGAGGGGCGUCGGACAGUCAUGGAACGGGCCUUGGCAGUGAAGGAGAGCGCUGCCGCGGCGUGGAAGGAAGGUGGGUCCUCUUGCGCCGCAUUCACUGAGUUUGUGAAGCAAAUGGAGUGACGGGACGUUUGCAGCAUCAUAUCAAUUGCAGGUUAGCAUAUGUAAAUUGCACAUUGCAGCAUUGUGUGUCAUUAUGAACUUGAAUAACUUGAGUAGAAAUUGCAAUCUAUGCAGUAGUAUUGUGUUCUGAUCCAUUCUGGAAAUGAAUGUUGUGAUAUAUUAGUUUCA